AUGGACUCCUCCCAAAAGAUCCGCGUAUCGGAUCCCUCGAAGAAGACCAGGGUUGGAAUAGUUGGAGCGGGUAUAGCUGGCCUUCGGUGUGCGGAUAUUCUUGUAAAACAAGGCUUUCACGUAACGAUUCUUGAAGCGCGAGACAGACUCGGCGGGAGGUUGUGCCAAACCACAUUACCAUCAGGACAACUUGUCGAUCUGGGCCCGAACUGGAUUCAUGGGACGGAACACAAUCCUAUUUUGGAUCUCGCAAAAGAAUCUGGCACUCUGACACAUACCUGGGGUGAAAAUGUGAACGUUUUUGGUGAGAAUGGAUGCAUCCUGGAUGAAGGGAGAUCUUCUCAUGAGGUAAUGUGGGGGAUCAUUGUCCAGGCUUUCAAGUAUUCUGCGGAAAACACAGCAAAAAUAGAUCCUUCUAGGAGUUUAUAUGAUUUCUUUGUCGAGAAGGUCCAAGAAGUGUAUCCCGGUGGCGGGGAGAUCGAACAGAAGCGUAAGCUCGUGUUGCAAAUGGCGGAGCUGUGGGGUGCUUUUGUGGGAAGCCCUGUGACUACUCAGAGCCUCAAAUUCUUUUGGUUGGAGGAGUGUAUUGAUGGCGAAAACCUAUUCUGCGCUGGAACUUAUCGCGCAAUUCUGGAUUUAAUUUCAAAACAGGCAAGAGAAAAUGCUGAAAUCAAGUUACAUUCGGUUGUAAAUCGAGUAAAUACAACGAUGGAUAUGGUUCGACUGUCCAUCCACAGUGGCGAAGAACUAGAGUUCGACGAGGUGGUGAUGACGGCCCCGUUGGGAUGGCUCAAAAAGAACAAGAUGGCUUUUGAGCCUCCAUUACCCCAAAGAUUUUCGGAUGCAAUAGAUGCCAUCGGUUAUGGUUCUCUGGAGAAGGCAAGUUUCGAUCCAAACGACCAGUUUACCGGAUUUACACAAUGGAUUUCACCAGCAUAUGCUAGCGACACCAACAGCAAAAGAUGGACCCAAGAGGCCGUUGAUCUGUCGACGCUACCAAAUUCUUGCUCGCACCCUACACUAUUAUUCUACAUAUUCGGAGAACAAUCAGUCGCCCUUGCCGCUAAACUUGAAGCCCUUCCCGAAGAUAGUGAGAAGCAAGAAUUUUUGGUCAAUUUUUUCAAGCCGUAUUACAGUCGCCUGCCAAAUUUUGAUGAGCAUUCCAAAGACUGUUUCCCUACAUCCUGCCUUGCUACAAGCUGGGUAUCGGACGAAUUCGCUGGCAACGGAAGUUAUACCACUUUCAGAACUGGUCUCCGGGAAGGCGACCAAGAUAUUCAAAUCAUGAGAGAAGGCUUAACAGGACGAAGUCUCUGGUUUGCGGGCGAACAUACGGCUCCGUUCGUUGCUUUGGGUACGGUCACAGGAGCAUAUUGGAGUGGUGAAGCGGUUGGAAAACGUAUUGCUGAAGCGUAUGGAAUGACUUCUAGGAGAAGUAGUAUGCCCAGCGCUGAGGAUCUUUCAAGCAAUGAUGGAUUGAAGGAGAUCAAUGUGCGCGGUUUUGCUGACAAGGGUCUUGAGAAAUGA